AACGAGCGCGCGUCCAGCAUGGCGGCAAAAACUGACAAUGUUGUUGUGUUUGGCGCGCUUCCAAAUGAGCUAUUAAUUAUAGCUCACUCGGACGCGCAGCUAUUAGGUAAUUUGCAUGGCAGGUGCGAGCUUACGAUAACGACGAUAAAGGAAAGCGGUAUUUGGUCAUCAUUGAUGGAAUCCAGAGGUAAAUUCUUUUCACGGCACGGUAAGGCGUGGAGAACCUGAGAACGAUAGUGAAAGUGAAAGUGAAAGAAUGUGUUAAAAAAUUUUCUGGAAUCUGCUUCCCAUGGGAAUCACACUCCUAUUUUUCAAAAAGAGCGACAGAGGCGAAUAAGCAAGCAGAGCAGCCGACUCAUAACUAUAACAAAGAUGGCAGGAUACAAGCAAGCGUUCCUUCUCUUUGCUAUCUUCCUUGCUGUGUUUUUUACAACAGUAAGUUUUCCCGACGCCACCAGGAACGCUUAUCGGGUUACCGAGCAAGGACUGCCAAAAGUUGCUGAAUUUGCGAUGGACGCCGCUGUCAAGUUUCGUGAUUACUGCGCCAAUGAUCUAAACACUGAUGUGACCAAGAUGAUGGUGUUUGUAUACAAAGUGGCGGUAGCUACAGGUCGAGUUAUCGGACCGAUAGGACAGAAAGUAGGGUUGCAAAUAUGGAAUUGGCUGGUUUGUAUUCACGACAACGCCAUGUCCUAUACAGAAGACACACUGCAGCAGAUCCUUGGGAAAGAAGAUUAUUGGACCCCAGAUGUGAUAAGCCCUGGUCGACACAAGCUACUCUCCCUUAUCCUGCUAAGUUUGUGGAUUCUCACAGGAAUUCUGUCUAUCUCACGUAUGUCAUACAACAAAUUUUUCCUGGUCAUGUCUGGCACUUUUCUCCUGCAUGCAGUGUUUGGCCCUGUCUGGUGUGUGCGACGCAUGGCAUUUGUUAUCGGCCUGUGUAUGUGGGCAGGUUCGGCAGCAGCUAAUAAGCCCAUUCCUGCUGCUGUCACUAUCCUCAUCAUCUUCCUGCUGACAGGGAUUCGCAAAUGGAGGAAGGGCAUCGCCAAGGCCAAGAGUGCUGCGGAUUUGUUGAUGUUUAACAAAACUAUGGAGCAGAGAAUGGAAAACUUAGAGAGAAAGCUAGACAUUGUGCUGGCAAAAGUAGAAUUCCUUGUUGACAAAGUUCCUGAUAGAGGCUGCCGACAUGCAUGAGACAUGAAUUUAUUAAUAGGCAGACUUUCAAAUGACCAGAAAGUGUUGUGUAGAUUAAUUUGCUCUUAGUGUUAUCCAUCAAUAUGCACUGUGGAGUUGACUUUCAAAUCAAUGAUUUGGGCCGUUAUACCAUGUUGACUUGAUGUUUGUAAGACAACCAAUAGUAGUCCUUUGCAGGAGAUCAUAAGGCUGAAGCCCAUUGUGUUUUCCUAUCAGCAGACAGAUAAUACAUAAUGUAAAUAUAAGCAGCAUGCUUAGUGUGAUUUUUCGUGAUAUUUCACAGGAUAAAGUCCAGAGAAGAAAUUCACUGACUUUGCAGUGUUCAAAUUGGCAUUCUUAGCUCCAGAUCAAAAUGCACACAAUAAAUUACCUUCUUAUCUACCGAAAAGGUGUCAACUGGAACACAAGCAGGUUGAGGUCCAGACCUGAACAAGUGUCUGCAGUAUACAACAUACCAUCAGACAGACAGCUUAGAGAGUGUUCAUUAUUUAUGGCCGGGGGGUGGGGGGGUGGGCGGUUUUCAGUGCCCCCCCCCCCUUUGUUGACCCCCUCCUCUUUAAAAAUCCACAAAACUACAUUUAUAAUAAGAAAUAUAGAUAUGUAUAAACAAAUCAUGCAUUAAAAACAACAACAAAAUAAUAUUUCUUAUUGUUAUAAGUCAAAUGUGGCCUUGUGGCAUUUUGAAACAGUAAAGAAUAUGUAUCUAUAUCUAUCUUUGCAUGCCAUAUCACUAGUCCACAUCACGCAGGACCAUUUUAUAUUUUACUGCAUUGGACUGUUCUAAUAAAAGAUAAAAUCGUCCUGUGUCAUUGGUAUCUAAUAGAUCUCCCAGAUCUGGUACUCGCGGGGGCGUCCAAAGCAAAGGUAUCCGAGUCAGACUUUUAACACAUUGACAUUAUCUAAUAACCUGCCGUACUAGAUUCCUAGUAUAUUUUACAAAUGCAUAUAUUUCGGUUGUUGUUUUUUAUUGAUCCUAUAGGUCAAGCUUAUGAACUACUAUCAAUUAAUAAACUGUUGAAUUUGUCA